GAGGCGUGGUACACGCACCGAGAGUACGUAUUAGUCUAUGCCUUUCGAGCACACUCUGUACUAACAUCCCUGUUUCGUAGCUCGUCCUUCACUGGAUCUGCAAUCUGUUGCGCUCUCUAUGACCAUAGAAUCCAGGACUCGAUACAUAGACACGAUGCCUGACGAUUACGGCUUGACGUCGUCUUGUAGGGUGGAGACUGGAUUCUGGUGGAAGACGACUGGCGAACCCUUCGCGCGGAUGUUGGCCAAGUCAGCUUAUCCCGCUUCCGUGCAAUCCGCCUAUAUGGCUAUGUUUUACCUUAUUGUCUGCCCCGAGUUUGGCACGAGUCCUUAUCUCGCCUCGCCAUCCAUCGGCUCGCCCUUCACCAUGGGAGCGAGUGGACAAGGUACCGACCGAAGCCCACUGCACCAGCAUUUUCCCUCGUACAUGACAGACGACCACUCGCCGAUCGAGUUGUCCUGCAUCUACGGGAGGGGAAGGUCGCCCCAGAUACGUUUUGCCAUAGAUCCCAUAACCUGCCCCCGGGUCUUCCAGCAGCUAGCAGAUACACUCUCGCUAGUUGACGCUGACCUGACUUGGUGCUUAAUUUGCGCAGAGGAGCUUGCUGUGCCAAAUGCUGCGAGGAUUCCCAAACACCCCUCACGAUACUUCGUUGGAUUCGAUCUUGGCCCCCAGUCUUUACAUCUCAAGGCCUACUUUAUGACCGAAGCUCGCGCAUCGAGCCUCGGUGUCCCAAAGCUGGAACUUGUGGCUGCUGUUGUCCGACGGCUCUCAAGCAUACCCCACGACCCCCUCCCGAAUCUGAUGAUUGCGUGGGGCACCCUUCACAAAUUCCUUACUUCUCUCCCCGCCCACCUCGCACCUUCUGUGGAUAUUGUCGCCGUUGACUGUGUCCCCUCACGCGAGAAUCGACUGAAGGUCUAUGUCCGUACGUCUCGGGCCUCCUUUUCCAACCUCAGACACCACAUGACACUGGGCGGCACACAAGAAACACGUACGACGUCCUCGGCGCUCAAGAUGGCCAGUGCCUUUUGGAAGCUCCUCUUCUCCAAUCUCCCUGACGGAGACGAGCCGGACGUCGCCCAGGAGCGUCUGCGUCAUCCUACCAGUGGCCUCCUCUUCUACUUCGAGCUUCGUGGCGAUAGUACCAUUCCACUUCCGAAGGUAUACAUACCUGUCCGGCAUCUUUGUCCGGACGACGAAUGUAUUGUUCGUGCCGUGGAGAUGACAUAUGCCAUGAUCGGACUGGAAGACGCCAAGCAACAAUACGGUAACUUUGUACGAGGAAGCUUCACCCACCGCCCGCUUUCUGUACAUGCAGGCAUUCAUACUUAUGUCGCGUUCGCGGCGAAGCCAGACAAAGCAGAGAUCACUACGUACUUUAGUCCGGAGUGUUUCGGGCCUGAACGCGAGGCCGAAGCAGUUCCUUCGGUCCGUCUCAUUAAUUGGUCGCAGUGUCGGUUCGAUUGAGCUCACGGAUUAGCAAUCGGCAGCCCCCAAAAGGAUGCGCGAAGGUGUAUACACUGUCAUCAUGUAGACGCGAGCGCUCUGUUGUAGUUGUUACUAGAAUAUCCAAGCGUCACAUACGGGGAAAUGACGACGACUUGAGCAUCUCUCACCAGCACCGCCGCACACUGGCACCCCGGAUCUAGUCCUAUAUGGAGUCAACGUUCCCUCAAUGAUGCCAGUGCACGGUGUACAUCAACUUCCCUAGUCUUGUCGAUGCGACCGG